CAUGUAAUAAGAAAACCGAUAAUCAAAUAUACUUCUUGUUCCAAGAUAGAGAAAUGAAGUCCUUUUUUUUCUCGUUAUCUAUAUUUUUGCAUGCAAACCAUCAUAUGCAUAUUUUCCUUGCUUUAAGCAUAAUCUGGUUUGGCUCAAAUAAAACUAUGGCCUUAGCAUUGGGAAAUCAAACCGAUCAUUUGGCAUUGCUCAAAUUCAAAGAAUCAAUAUCCAAUGAUCCAAAUGGAGCCUUAGAUUCUUGGAAUUCUUCCAUCCACUUUUGCAACUGGCAUGGAAUCACAUGCAGCCUCAAACACCAAAGAGUGACAGAGAUGAACAUAUCGGGACAUGACUUGCAUGGAUCCUUAUCACCUUAUGUUGGCAAUCUCUCUUUUCUGAGAAGUCUCAAUCUCGGAAACAACUGCUUCUUUGAAAAAAUUCCCCAUGAAUUAGGCCGAUUGUUUCGAUUGCAACAACUCUCUCUCCCCAAUAACUCCUUCAUAGGAGAAAUUCCUACAAACUUAACAAAUUUGCAUAAUCUCAAAGGCUUAGACUUAGGUGGAAAUCAUCUGAUUGGUAAAAUACCAAUUGAAAUUGGCUUUCUUUGGAAGCUUCAGACAUUAAAGAUUGUGGAAAACAAUUUAACCGGAGAAGUCCCACCAUUCCUAGGUAACCUUUCAUCCUUGACAACUUUUUAUGUAGGUUUUAACAACUUAGAGGGAGUUAUUCCACAAGAAGUAUGUCGCCUCAAACACUUGACUAAAUUAUCAGUGGUUGACAACAACUUGUCUGGUACACUUUCUUCUUGUGUUUAUAAUAUGUCAUUUCUUACUAUAAUCUCAGCUUCAUUGAAUAACUUUAAUGGCUCUCUUUGCUCCAACUUGUUUCACACCCUCCCUAGCCUCCAACGUUUUGCAAUUAGCACAAAUCAAAUUUCAGGUUUAAUACCCACUUCAGUUGCAAAUGCAUCUACCUUGACACAUUUUGAUAUCAGUCAAAAUCAUUUUUUUGGGCAAGUUCCAAGUCUAGGUAAGCUACAAAAUCUGUAUUGGCUAGAUUUGUACCUCAACAAUCUAGGUGACAAUUCAACUAAGGAUUUGGAGUUCUUAAAACCACUCACAAAUUUUAGUAAGUUGUCUACACUUGGUAUAUCCUUUAAUAAUUUUGGAGGUAGUUUGCCAAGUUACAUAGGUAAUUUAACCACCCAACUUAGUCGACUGUAUCUUGGGGGUAAUCAAAUAUUUGGGCAAAUUCCUUUAGAAAUAGGAAAUUUAAUUAACUUAAUUCUCUUGACCAUGGAAAGUAGCCAUUUUGAAGGGAAAAUUCCUUCUACUAUUGGAAAGUUUCAAAAGAUACAAGUGUUAGAUUUGCGUGGAAACAGGUUGUCAGGAGAAAUUCCAGCUUCAAUAGGUAACCUUAGUCAGAUGUAUCAUUUGGGUUUAGGGAAAAAUAUGUUAGAAGGAAAUAUUCCUUCAAAUAUAGGGAAGUGUAAAAGCUUACAAAUGUUAUACCUUUCAGAAAACAACCUUACAGGAGUGAUACCCUCAGAGGUUUUCAGUCUUUCAUCUUUAACAGUAGGACUAUUCUUAUCGCAAAACUUGUUAUGUGGCAAACUACCCGAUGAAGUCGGUCAUUUACAGAAUAUUGAGCAGAUUGAUGUCUCUGAAAAUCAUCUAACUGGUGAAAUUCCUGGAACCUUGGGUGAAUGCAUAAGCUUAGAAUACAUUCUUUUGAUGGGGAACUCAUUCAAUGGAAGCAUACCAUCCUCUUUUGCAUCUCUCAAAGGUCUUCGAUACUUAGACCUUUCAAGAAAUCGAUUGUCUGGAUCAAUUCCAAAAUUUCUGCAAAAUAUUUCUUUCUUAGAAUACUUCAAUGUGUCUUUCAACAUGUUGGAAGGAGAGGUACCAAGUGAAGGUGUCUUUCGAAAUUCAAGUGCAUUAGGAGUGACUCAGAACAAAAAUCUUUGUGGAGGAAUUUUGGAGUUGCAUCUACCGCCAUGCCAUACUAAACACAAUAACUUCAAGGAGAUAGUUGUGAUAGUUAGCGGGAUUUCUUUUCUUCUCAUUAUGAUAUUUAUUAUAACAAUCUAUUGGAUGAGGAGAAUAGACAAAACAAAAAAAUUUGAUUCACAAAUAAAUGACCAAAUGGUUCCGAUUUCAUACAAAAAACUGCACAAUGCAACCAAUGGAUUUUCAACAAGUAACUUGAUAGGAUUAGGAAAUUUUGGUUCUGUCUACAAAGGAAAGCUCGAGUCAGUUGAUGGAUUUGUUGCCAUAAAAGUCCUAAACCUUAAUAAAACGGGAGCCCAGAAGAGUUUCAUUGCUGAAUGUACUGCACUAAAAAAUAUUAGACACCGAAAUCUGGUUAAAAUUUUGACAUGUUGUUCAAGCAUAGAUUACAAAGGCAAUGAGUUUAAAGCUCUCAUAUUUGAGUACAUGAGUAAUGGAAACUUAGAAAGUUGGUUGCAUCCCACAACAGAAAUUCCGGAUCAACCAAAAUCAUUGACUCUUGAGCAAAGGUUAAAUAUUAUUAUUGAUGUUGCAUCAGCAUUUUGUUAUCUUCACUACGAAUGCGAGCAACCUGUUGUCCAUUGUGAUUUAAAGCCUGCAAAUGUUCUUCUCAAUGACUCACUGCUAGCUCGAGUGAGUGAUUUUGGCUUAGCAAGGUUGCUCCCAAGUGUUGGAAUAUCUCUAAUGCAAAGUAGCACAAUUGGAAUAAAGGGAACAGUUGGCUAUGCACCCCUAGAGUAUGGAAUGGGAUCUGAGGUGUCAAUUGAAGGUGAUAUGUAUAGCUUUGGAAUACUGAUAUUAGAAAUGUUAACUGGAAGAAGACCAACAGAUGAAAUGUUCAAAGACGAUCAUAAUCUCCAUAAUUAUGUGAAACAUUCAAUUCCAAAUCACCUUUUCCAUAUUGUGGACCAGUCUAUUCUAGAUCUCCCCAUUGAAUUAGACCACAAUACUGACAAUGGGAACCUUGGUGGUAUUAUACAUCCUAAUUUAGAGAAAUGUUUACUUGCAAUUUUUAGUAUUGCACUUUCUUGUUCAGUGGAAUCACCAAAAGAAAGAAUGAAUAUGGUUGAUGUUAUAAGGGAGCUCAAUAUCAUUAAAAGUUUCUUUCCUACUGAGGCUCAAUAAAGAAGAAUUGCAUUAAGUACGACCACAAAACACACGAUGCUUAGCUUGAUCUUCAGAAAAGAAGUUGCCAACAGAAGACGAGAAUACGACAAGCAAACGGAGCUUUCAGAGCUCUAGGGUUUAGCUGAGGAGUGAUUUGUUGGAUGCUAGUUAUGAUUUAUGUUUGUUAUCCAUCCAAUGUAUUAAUACCUCUCUGAUUAUGUGAUAUCAUGUUGGUUAUACUUUCUACAUGGGUUUAUUUUUCAAAGUUUUUAAUUUAUGCUUAUUUUCCCCUAUCUGGUUUGGAUCAAAUGUGACAGUUUAAUAUUUCUUUAUGACAUAGAAAUUAUGCUUUUUAUCUAUUGAAUUGAAUGUAUGUAUCUCUUUAUAACUUUGAUCACAUUAGAGGGAUACAUUUUAUUUGGAUAUGUACUAGUAGACCGCUGAG